GUUUGCGACAUUUCUAUGGCAAAUAAUUUUGUUUUGGUGACAACAAAGUCUGAUAGUGGUGCGAAGGGGAGAAAAGAAUAUGUCAUUCUGGGGUGUGAGAAGCAUGGUGCGUAUAUUCCCUACAGAGAACCGGAUCUUGUUGAAGGAACGUCAACACAAAAGACAGGUUGUCCUUUUAGGCUAAAAGGACGACGUACGAAAGAUGAUAAAGGUUGGUGGUUGAAGGUGAUGGACGGUAGACACAUCCAUCUCGCAGCUGAGUCACUAGUUGGCCACAAUUACGCUGGUAGACUGAAUAGUGAGGCGAAGGAGGACGUGAUAAAUCAGGCUAAGACUUGGGUUCCACCUAGAAAGAUGUUGGCGUCCUUGAAGGAAAAAGAUCCUUCAAACUUGACUACCAUCCAACAAAUUUAUGGUGUUUGCAAGCGGUUCAGACAAUCCGUUCGUGGGUCACUGACAGAGAUACAAUACUUGUUGAAGAAGUUGGACGGUGAGAAGUAUGUUCACUUCGAACGAAAUGAACCCGGAUCGGAAGUGAUUAGAGAUAUAUUUUGGGCUCAUCCGAAUGCCGUCAAACUUUUCAACACAUUCCCAUAUGUAGUGAUCAUGGAUUGCACAUACAAGACCAGCAAAUACAAACUACCCUUGCUCGAGAUUGUUGGCCUGACCUCCACGGAUAAAACAUACUCAAUAGCAUUCUGUUACAUUGGCAGUGAGACCACAGAGGACUACAUUUGGGCAUUGGAGUGUAUGAAGUCUCUGAUUUCCGACCAAUCCAGGUUGCCUAGAGUGAUUGUGACGGACAGAGAUCUUGCUUUAUUGAGUGCUGCUUCACAAAGCCUUCCCACCACCACCCAUUUACUAUGCUUGUGGCACAUCAACAAGUGUGUUUUGGCAAAGUGCAAAGAGUAUGUUGGCACGGAUGAUUUUGCUCAAGAGGUUAUGGACAAGUGGGCCGAAUUGGUAGAUGCUCCAACAGUUCCAGAAUUUGAAGCUCAUUGGAUUGAAUUGUUUAACAUGUGCAAGCAUAAACACAAGUUGAAAUUUGCCACUUAUUGUUCUACUACAUGGUUGGUCCACAAGCAGAAAUUUGCCAAGGCAUGGACAAAUCAUGUGAUGCAUUUUGGAACAACAACAAGUAACAGGGCUGAAGGUGCACAUGCCAGCUUGAAGUUGAUGUUGCGGAACAGUAAGGGUGACCUGGCCACAUCAUGGGAUGCGUCGCAUAGUUUGACCACCAAUCGCCACACUGAGAUAGUAGCAUCGUUUGAGCGCAGUAUGAAUAAAAUUGAUCACCUUUUCAAGACCCCUUUCUACACAAAUAUUAGGGGAUUUGUGUCAAUCAAAUGCCUGAAACUCAUUGAUGCUGAACUGACAAGAAUGCGAGCCUCCGGCGGCAGAUGCGAUUGCUUAUUGAGAGAGACUCAUGGACUACCUUGCGGUUGUCAACUUGCAGAUUAUGAGAGGAUUCCGUACGAGGCCAUUCAUCCAUUCUGGAAGAGCCUAAGUUGGGAGCAUGUACCUGUUGUAGAUACUGGCAGCUCAGAUAUUUGCGGACUAAACCAUGGAGAGAUGCACCCAGAAGUUGAGGCACUGACACGUUAUUUCCAUUCUUUGGAUACUGGAGGGCAGAGUAUGGUAAGGAGGAAGCUUCAAGCGAUAUAUUGUCCUGAAAGGAGACGGAGGUGUAGCAGACGGACACGGAGACGGAGCCCCGGCCGGAGUAGCAGACGGAGACGGAGACGGGGCCGAAGCCUCAACCGCCUGACUAGCUGCUCGAUGGUCGCCGCGCCGCGUAGAAGCAUGCAAGCGCUCGUGGCGAUCCUCUGCAUCAUCGACUGUAGAAGAUCGAGACCUCUUCCUCCCGCCCUUCAUUCUCCUAUGAAAAGCAAACAAAUUUAACAUCAAAUUACAACUUGAACAACUUUAACAGUUACAACUUGUACAAACAUCUCUCAUAUAGCAACAAACAUCUCUCAUAUAGAAACAAACAUCUCUCAUAUAGCAUCAACACCCUUUCUAAUUUGUCAAUCUAGAUAACUAAAAUGCAACAUUAAGGAAGUUCCCUAGUUCUAAUAAGCCGAUACCAUCAACACCCUUUCCCAGUGUCAUGACACUAAAAUAUUUGAAAAUUUGUACAAAAUAUUCAGCCCAAUAGAUGGAGGAAAACUAAAAAAAACUGGCUUAAAAAAACUGGCUUAAAAAAACUGCCUUAAACUGGUUUAGAAUCGGGAAAUGUUUUCCCAUUACAGAAUCGGAAAAACAUUUUCCAUUACAGAAUCGGAAAAUGUUUUUCCGAUUUUACAGUAACCCAGAAACCAGAACUGGAAACGACCCACUCGUGCCCAUGACCGUUUCAUGCCAUUUCAGUCAAUAAAACCUACCUCUAAUCAAUAAUCAACUACCCUAGUGUUCAACAUUCACCUAAUAAUCCAUCAACUACCUCUAAUCAUCAAUCAAUGUGAGAGAAUCAAUAAAAAUGGAACUUACCUUUUGAAUGUAAUGGAAUGGGAGUUCCGG